AUGGAGGAUGAAGUUUUGUUGGAGGAGGGAUAUUACAGUAGUUAUAAUCCAGAAGGGGCAUAUGACAGUGACAACUACUUGGAGAAGUACAGGAUUUCUCAAGACACAGAGAUAAUAGAUGGAAAGAGACAAGCAGAUGAGGAACAACUAGCAGAUGAUCAAGAUGAAUAUUCAGAUGAUGAGUCAGAAGAGGAGGAACAACUGCAUUAUGAGGGUGACACUGAGGUUGAGGAUCUGUUUGAGAAGGAGGAGGAAGAGAGUGGGGAUGAAGAGAGGGAGGAGAGCUUGAAUGUGGAGUUAGCUCAACCUUUGCAGGUAGAACCUCCAAAGAAGAGACAGAAGCUGCCAAUUAGGAGGUGCCACCACUAG